AUGAGCUCAGCAGUAUCAACUAUAUCAAAAACCUUAAAGUUCAAUCCAACUUCUGAUAAGAUAAUUACUCUAGGUGCAGGUUGUUUCUGGGGUACUGAACAUAUGUAUAGAAAAUAUUUGAAUGAUAAAAUAAUUGAUUGUAAAGUUGGUUAUGCUAAUGGUGACAACAGUUUAAAGGAUAAUUCUGAUUCAAUUUCAUAUAAGAGAGUCUGUAAAGGUGAUACAAACUUUGUUGAAGUUAUCCAAAUUUCUUACAGUCCAGAAGUCACCACUUUAAAGGAAUUGGUUGAUUUCUUCUUUAGAAUACAUGACCCAACUACAGUAAAUUCUCAAGGCCCUGAUCAAGGUACCCAAUACAAGAGUGCUAUAUAUACUCAUUCAGGGGAAGAUUUAAUUGAAGCUAAAAAGUUAAAAGAUGCAUGGGAACCAAAAUGGAACAAUCAAAUCAAAACCGUCGUGGAACCAAUAACCAUCUUCUAUGACGCUGAAGAAUAUCAUCAAUUAUAUUUGGACAAAAACCCAGAAGGUUACAGUUGUCCAACUCACUACUUGAGAGAUUUAUAA